CCCGAGGCUGAGCAGUCUAAACCCAACCAAACAGAGGAGUUUUUGAAGCUCUUUGUACAUUUUUGGACCUUUUGCUACAUUCAGGAUGGCGUUGAAUGGCAGUUAUCUCUCUCAAGAGCAGUUCCAAUGUUCCAUAUGCCUGGACGUUUUCACAAAUCCUUCCUCCACGCCGUGUGGCCACAGCUUCUGCAUGGCCUGCAUCACCAGAUACUGGGAUGGAUCUACAGUUUACCAGUGUCCUCUGUGCAAGAAAACCUUCCAGAACAGACCAGACCUCCAGAUAAACAGGACUCUACGGGAAAUCACGGAUCAGUUCAAAUUCAUAACUGAUUUAGAUGUGAAAGGGAAGAAGAAAGGGGCGAAAGGAGUGGAGGGGAGCAGAUCGAGUGAAUUAUUCCACAAGCUGAAGAAAAAGUUGCCAAAAGCUGCUCCAAAGGAAAUCUUUAACAUAAGCAGUGGGGCUCUUUAUCAGGCCUUUUCUGCUCCAGGGGAGUCCAACUUUCCACCAGGCAUAGCCACGAUGGAUUCAUCGGUACCACUCCUCACUGCUGAAGGAAGUCCGAACAACACCUCCGCACAUCCACCGUCUGUUUAUCCCAGAACCCACCCCAAUGGCCGCAGGAGGUUCACUGUCAGUGGUGCAGCAAUCAGCCACAAUUACCCUUUGUGCGACGUCCACCAGAGAGGAAUAAUAAUGUACUGCAGGUCUGACCAAAUGUGUAUCUGUCCUGAAUGUGAGAUCGAGGACCACAACGAUCACGACACAGUGACCGUGGAGACCGAAUGGAUGGAAACCAAGACGCAGCUCAGAAAGUCAGAGGAAGAGAUCCAAGAGAUGAUCAGCCAGAGACGGAGGAAGAUUGAAGAGAUCAAGACAUCUUUGAGUGAAGUAGAGAGGGCGGCAGAGAGGGAGAUGGCAGGCAGCGUGUGCCUCUUAUCGAAGUUGGCCUCUGCCAUCGAAUGCUGUCAGGCGGAGCUGAUGGAGGUGAUGGAGAUGGGCCGCAGGGCCGCAGAGAACCAGGCCGAGUCCAUGAUCCGGCAGCUGGAGAGAGAGAUCGAAGAACUCCUGAAGAGAGAAAACGCUCUGACCGAACUGUCCAAAUCAGACGACCAUGUCCACUGUGUCACGACUUUCUCUGGCCUCUCCAGACCUCCAGCUACCAAAGACUGGUCUGGAGUGUCCCUGAACUCUGAUCUGAGAACAGCGGCGGUCUACAGAUCUUUGUUAGCCACAGUGGAAAAGUUCCAGGAAGAACUGAAGACAGCUAUGGAAACUGGUUUUCCUGUCCCAGUUCCUGAAACCAGUCUGGCACGAACACACCACAGAGGAAGGAAGAUUCAGGAAUAUGCACUGGACGUCACCCUGGACUUCAAUACCGCCCACCCCAGACUGGUGCUGUCAGAAGACUUAAAAAUUGUUUGGUGUGGAGAGCGACACCAUCAUGUCCCAGACAACGCAGAGAGGUUUGACAGAGUUGUGUGUGUCCUGGGGAGGGAGGCCAUCACUUCUGGGAAACAUUAUUGGGAGGUGGAAGUAAACGGGAAGACGGACUGGGAUCUGGGAGUGGCCAGGCAGUCAGUCAACAGGAAAGGGAAGAUUGAUUACACUCCAGACAACGGCUUCUGGUUCCUCAGUUUAAGGGACAGGAAUAAAUACGCCUUCCGCACUGAGACGUACACAGA